AAGAAUGCAGUGGAAUUUCAGAAAAUAGCAAAACUCAUUGUCAAAUAGACUGGCAUUUGAAUAGAAAGAACCAAUGGCUUGCGCUGUUUAUUGACUUUGAGAUUUGAACAAAUGACACAAAAGUGGUGUAAUGUUACUGUAAGGUUUUAUUUGUAAAAGCUGACUACAGAUAGUGAUAGUAGUGGGAAACAUGUCUUCAUGAUUGGUACAUUUGUUGCUAAACCAUUAUGCACAAAAGAGUUUGGGUGCCAAAUGGGUCAAGUUCCUUGUGGAAGUAGCUGUCAUACAAGAAGACCCACCCCCCUUUUUUAUUGUUACUAAGGAAUAGUUCAUGUUAUGUUACUCUCAUGGAAGUUGUGAAAUCUCUUGUUCUUGAAAGAAUGUCUGGCAUUAGGGGUGCUGCCACUGAAGUUGCUAGUCAACUGAGUGAAGCAUUACACAUCACACAUGACAGGUCCGACUACCUCUGCUGGUAACAGGAAAUGAAUGACCAAGGCUUUGAAAUGCUGUAAAAAAUGUUUGCCUUUCAUGUCUAGCAACCUUGAAAGAGGGGUCCACAAAUAGAUCAGAAAAGUUUUCAACACAAAUGAUUUAUGUCAUUUAUGUUCAUGCUGGAGCAUCUCAAAUAUUGCUAGAGAGGGAAAGAGAAGGUCAGAGGGGACGUAGAGCAGACACAGUCUGAGUCCCUUUCAUGCCAUUGUCUCAUCCCUUGGGAUUUUAGGGACCAGGCUGGGACAUGACGUUCCCACAGUCAGCCAACCAGCUCACUUAUGGACAGCUUGAGCUGAAGAACCAUUGGCUGAAUCAGUCACAAUGAAGUUGGAAAACAAGCUAGACGUUCCAGUGUACGACUUGUCCCUGAUUCGAGGCAUGUGGGAGACCCGUGUGAAUAAACACAAAAAAAGACAGAGGAAGGAGCAGGAACGUCUCGCCAAGAGUGCACUCCAAAGGGUGAAUCAGCAGUGGCAGUACCGCAUAGCCUGCAGGAAGAUGAAGAGCAGUGAGAUGACCGAGCUGCAACACUACCUGGAGAGGUCAUCACUGAGAGAGGUCACCAUUGAGCCAUACCUGGAGCCUACGGAGGGGCAAACCACAGAACCAGUAGAUUCUACUGUGCUGGAGGUUGAAGAGAAGAGGUUCAUUUUUGAGCUGAAUGGAGACAAAUGGACGGAGGUCCCUGCAUCCCUGUUUGAAAUGACCCAUCUACGAGAAUGGCACAUCUCUAGAACAAAGAUCAUAAAGAUCCCGGAAUUCAUUGCAAUGUUUCAGGACAUGCGUGUUUUGGACAUACCGAAAAAUUGCAUUGACAAGUUACCACCUGAAAUAGGUAAACUAACAAAACUGAGAGAACUUAAUGUAAGUUAUAAUAGGCUAUCAGAUAUCCCCCCUGAGCUGGGUGAUUGUGAGAACCUGGAAAGACUUGAGUUGACCUCAAAUCUCAAUCUCAUGGAACUGCCAUUUGAGCUAAGCAACCUAAAGAAACUGGUUCACCUGGAUUUAGCAGAAAACAAAUUUAUUGGCAUACCCAUCUGUGUUCUGCGCAUGUCAAGUCUACAGUGGCUGGACUUCAGUAACAAUAAACUGAAAGAUCUCCCACAAGACAUUGACAGGCUUGAGGAGCUGACCACCUUGUUCAUUCACAAGAACAAACUGACAUACCUGCCCAUGUCUAUGGCAAACAUGACAACCCUCACCACGAUUGUCACCACCGGAGAUGACUUAGUUUCUAUGCCUUCGAAACUGGUUGAUAAUCCAGCCAUGAAGUUUAUUAGAUUAUUUGAAAACCCUGUUGGUGAAGAAACAGCAGAACUGGAGAAUAAGGGGGAUGCGGAGCAAACAGGUCCAGAUCACAGUGAAAAGGAGUUCCUGCAGACCUACAUAAACAGCCUCAAAGAAAGAGAAACAGCUCCAACAUAUGCCACAAAAGUGUCCCUGAGUUGUGUUCUGUGAUGGAGACUUGGACGAAAGCAGCGUUUAAGGUCUUUGUGGAAGACCUAUCAGUUGUUAUGUUUGUGCGAACUUCUACUAUGGGUCAAAGACACUGGUAGAUGCAUAUUAUGCACUGCUUCCUGGACGUUCCAUGGUCUGUGUCUCUCCACUGUCAUGAUAAAUAAGGUGAAUUUGUGACAUGAAGAAAGUGCUUCUGAAAGUGGUCAAAGUAGAUAUGUGGUCAGUGGGUAUUUGCAGUGAAUUUGUUUCACAUAUUUAACUUUUUAACAUUCAACAACAUCUAAUUCCUUUUUGAUACAGCAAGUCUGAUAAUUGUAUUAUUCCUGUAUGGUUUGACAUAAAUGAGCAUUACAUGAACUGCAUGGUUCUCUAAGUGCGUUUGAUUUCAGAUUUUUGUGUGUUUCAUCUGUGAAUAUAGAACUGUGUUUUGAUGUGACCAAACACAUGUUGGGCAAUAGUGCUUUUGUUCUUAGUUUUGAGUGACUGGAAAUAGGGUUGAGUGUGGAUGAGAAGUUGUUAGUAUGUGAAACUUUGUAUACGUGAAUUUGUAUAUGCUGAAUUUAAUGUAAAAUUAAAAUAUAAUUUAUUCAGUGA